AUGUCAGAUAGUUCGGAAAUACGUACAUCGGAUUCCGAUGAUGAAUUUAUCAUGGAUAUGUUGUAUCAUCUACCAAGACCAAGGCUUUUCCGAGGUAGAUCAAAUCCUCUCGAAGAAUUUGAUGACUUUGAUUUUAAAUGCAGUUUUAGGCUUUCAAAAGAAAGUUUUGGUGUCUUAAUGCAUCUUAUUGUUCAAGAUGUUAAACACGAAACAAAAAGAAAUGUUGCACUGUCUCCAGAAGUACAAGUGUUAAUAACUCUUCGUUAUUAUGCUACUGGAACAUUUCAAGCAGUUAUUGGUGAUCAUAUCAGAGUUAAUAAAUCUACUGUAUGUAGAACUAUUAAAAGAGUUUCAACUGCUAUUGCUCGUCUUUACCCUCAGUUUAUAAACAUGCCUCGGACCGCACAUGAAAGAAGUAUUGUUCAAACAGGGUUUUAUAAAACAAGAAAUUUCCCACGUGUUAUUGGUGCUAUAGACUGCACUCAUAUACGGAUACAGUCUCCUAAUAGUGAUAUUGUUGAACGGUUUCGUAACAGAAAAGGGUAUUUUUCUUUUAAUGUUCAGGUUAUAUGCAACAGUAAUAUGGAAAUUAUGAAUAUCGUUUCUCGAUGGCCAGGAUCUGUUCAUGACAGUACGAUUUUUGACAAUUCUUUAGUCAGAGCAAAGUUUUAA